AGGUCAAAGUUGACAAUUUGGCGCGCACCACUACGUCCCUGGUCCUAGCGACGAACCAUAUAAUUCUGCAUCUUCGAUCUAGGUCUCUAAAACAUCGCUAAUUAUGAACGUAACAGACCCUGUGCACGCCAGCGCGGUUCUUCGUGAACUGAACAGUCUGAGGAAGGAGGCAGAACUGACUGACGUGGUUCUGGAGGUGGAGGGGAAGAGUUUCCCCUGUCACCGUGCUGUCCUGGCCUCCUGCAGUCCGUACUUCCGUGCCAUGUUCACCAGCAGCUACGCCGAGGCCAGACAGGACAGGAUCACCAUCCAGGAUGUGAGCGAGGUUGCCAUGGCAACCAUUUUGGACUACGCCUACACCGGUCGCCUGGAGACGGAGCCAGACCAGGUCCAGGCUGUGAUGUCUGCAGCCGGACUACUGCAGGUGGACUUUGUAUGCCGUAAGGCAGCAGAAUACAUGAAGGAGCAUUUGGAUGUGUCCAACUGUGCUGAUGUCCUGAUGUAUGCUGACAUGCAGGGGGACUCGUGCCUGGUGGAGGACAGUGAGAGAUACAUCGCAUCCAGGUUCAACCAGGCAGUGCUACAACCCUCCUUUCUCCAGCUGUCUCUGUCCCAGCUCCAGUCACUGCUAGAAAGUGAUGAUCUCAUCACCCAAUCAGAAGACGACGUCGUCCAAGCUGCUCUAAGAUGGAUCGAUUUCAACCAAGCAGAGCGCUCGCAGCACCUCCCUGCACUUUGCAAAACACUGCGCCAACCCUUCAUUAGCUCAAAACAGCGUGAAGAAAUCGAGAGCAGGCAUCUGUCGUCAUCUGGCGGUACCUUAGUCUACAGCGAAAACACAACCCAGCGGCUGGGGCAGAAGCGAACCGAAAUGCAGGUCAUCCUAACGUGUUAUUUCGACGACAUUGAUGGUGAUGGCCACCCGUAUGUUCCUUGCUACAACCCUGCCACGGGCGCAGCGUAUGCUAUUGAUCUACCUGAUGACAUACCCAGGCACUACUCUAUGCUGUCCAUGGCCGCCACCCCUGAUGGUGACCUGUACCUGGCAACAGACAUUGACACCAGCUGCAGUAGAGGGUGUUGUGAGGAAUCGGGGACCAACAAGGAGAGGAAAUUCUACCUGUACAACCACCUGCUGGACACCUGGGAGCCAAAAUGUGAGAUGAUUGCGAAGACGGACAGGUAUGAACUCGUGUUCCUUGAGGGGUACAUCUAUGCCAUCAGUGGUGAUGAUGAGAAAGGAAUGGCAGAGAGGUAUGACCCCAGCCGUGACGAGUGGACGUCCAUACCGCCCUUCCCUCACCCCGUGUCCUCGCAACUCUGCACUGUGGCUCUUGGAGACAGCAUCUACGUCAUAAGAAAGGAAGGCUGCUGCAGCUUCAGUACCACAGAGAACAAGUGGGACAAGAUCGCAGACAUGGUCGAACCGCCAAUGUAUCCACAGGCCGUCACGUAUCGGGGCAGCAUCUACUGUGUGAACCGGGAAGACUCAGGAGACAGUUUACCCACUUAUGUAGAGGCGUACAACCCUGCGGACGGUGUGUGGAAGCGCACUGGGAAGGGCAAGUCCUUUGUCUACAACAAGGGGAUACCGACAACAUACGGAGGGACUCUCAGAGCAACCCUGAUGACGCAUAGGGAGACUCUGUACCUCUUCACUGUACACAUUGAACGUGAACGCGGUGGCUUUUGGGAGGAAAGUAAUCCACGGUCCAAGUUAUAUGUCUACAAAUACCGGCCAGAGACUGACUCCUGGGCGUCCGUUGGAAAGGCAGCCAAGCGCAAGCUGGCUCCACCCAAGAGGUGUCAUGACUCCUUGUCAGAUUUUCUGGUGGCAAGGAUGUUCCCAAGAUGCCUGGGUUACAACAGUGAUCUUGACGAUCUCAUGUGGGACAUCCGAUGAAGAAAGACUCAGAAUAGGGGUUGGGGGGAUGACGAGUACUCAUCCGAAGACGUUUCUGAAACUAAUUGAGAGUCACCGAUAAGGUGACCUUGAAACAGCAAGUUUUGAAACACUUGCCUUGACACUGAUCACUCUGAAUGUGGAACGACAGGUAAGAAAUAAAAUUCCAGACAGUUAACACCAUGAAUGUAUAGCAUUUCUCAUCAAUUGUGCAAAUUGUGUCUUCAUUUACAUAAUCAAUAUCAGCCGAUGUUCCUCUCGUUCUCAGUUACAUGUUUAAAUACUCAUAUCUUGGAAUGCGUUAGGUUUAUACAAUUUCCUUAUCAAUUAUGCAAAGUUUCGUAAUCUAAUUAUGUCAAGCAUCACUUAA